CACCCCACCGACAGGGAGACACAAAUAGAAGAGGAGAGUAGCAACACAUGUGCUCUCUCUCUCUCUCUCUCUCUCUCUCACUCUCUCACUCACUCACACACACACACACGCGCACUCUCACACAGGCACACGGAGCUCAGGAAGAGGACUGCUCAGCACCCGCCUUCUCACCGCCUCGGCCCAUCCUGGAGGACUCUGAACUCGGCUGACGGUUUCAUUUCGGUUCGGCCCGAACGGGGACACGGGGGAGAUCUGCGUAAGCCUGCAAACCGCGCCCCCUCCCCCCCACCCCACCCCACCCCACCCCCCUCUCCCUCUGAUGGGGAGAGAAGCCUCCCUGCUCCCGGUGUUCCACUUCUCCCCUGGUCAUGGGUGGCUGCCACAGCUAUGGUCGCACCAGGAAGGCAGUCCCCUCCAAAAAGAGAGUGGAGUUCUCCGACGUCGACGCGCACAAACUAAAAAACAACAAUACCCAGACUGUCCCUUACCUGGUGGAGAAACCGUACCUGCUGCAGGGAUACGUUUCGGAGGGCAUCGCCGACAUGGACAUAGAGACCCUCUCCGCGCUUCCAGUUGGACUCGAUGAGGCGGAGUGGAUGGCCACCAACACCAUCGCCUUCUUCAAGAACAUCAACCUCUUCUCCGGCGCCGUGUCGGAAUUUUGCACCACCAAGACCUGCCCCACCACCAGGGGCCCCGGUGAUGUGACGUACUACUGGAGCGACGAACAGGGGAAGAAAGUGAGGUGUUCUGCCCCGCUCUACACCGACUACACCAUGUCCUACAUCCACGAGCUGCUGACGGAUGAGGACGUGUUCCCCACAGGUGCAGGUACCGCUUUCCCCAAAGGCCACGUGUUCCUGGUGCAGAGGAUCUUCCAGUACCUGUUCCGCACGCUGGCGCACCUGUACUGGGCGCACUUCCGGGACGUGGUGCGGAUGGACAUGCACCCGCACCUCAACACGCUCUUUGCGCACUUCGUCACGUUCGGCCGCGAGUUCCGGCUGCUGGAGCCGGCCGAGACCGCCCCGCUGGAGGACCUCAUCUCCGCCCUCUGCUCGCAUCACCGGUUCUGAACCACACCCCCCACGGAGAGCAGGGGGGGGGGGUACGGGGGUCCGAGCGCCUCCCCUACCGCAGACUGAAAAAGGGGCAGGACUGUUGAGCCUGGCCCAGAAUCCCUCUCCCUCUCUCUCUCUCUACCUACCCAGAGAGCUGGAUCUGAACUCGUCGGUCGAUUGGUUCGGCCUCUCCCCCACGCCCGUCUUCUCCCUCCCGUCAGGAGAACGUGAUUUGAGGAAGGAGAGAGAUGGCCAUUCCAGAACUUGAUCACGCGCCUUCACUCUGCAUAGCCAAAACGAGAGGAACCAGAAGACUGAACUGCAAGCAGGCCACGGUUCAUUCUGGUCUGACUGAACUACAAGCAGGCCACGGUUCAUUCUGGUCUGACUGAACUGCAAGCAGGCCACGGUUCAUUCUGGUCUGACUGAACUGCAAGCAGGCCACAGUUCAUUCUGGUCUGACUGAACUGCAAGCAGGCCACGGUUCAUUCUGGUCUGACUGAACUGCAUGCAGGCCACAGUUCAUUCUGGUCUGACUGAACUGCAUGCAGGCCACGGUUCAUUCUGGUCUGACUGAACUGCAUGCAGGCCACGGUUCAUUCUGGUCUGAAAGCCUACCCCAGAAAGACCUGAGAGAUCACACACAUCUACAGGACCUCAAAGAAAGCCGUGGUGGUUACGUGUCACUUACCACAUUUUAAACUCCCAACACACCCGGCGAUACUGGCUGUGCGUAGCCAUUCAUGUUCACUCAUGCAUUCAUACAUACCUUCACAGAGUCAUGCCACACUGAUGACACGUCCCCGACACGUAGACCCGAGGUAUCUUAGCGACGGGGGUGGUCAGCCAACCGAAGGACAACAAGCGCGUUGGUGGACUGCGUCAGUGGGGAAGGGUGAUUCAGAACUGCAGUUCCGUGGUUGGCCACAAAGUGAAAGGAAUUUGGAUUGUACCUUGGACUGUACCAAGGCGGGGAAGGAGAUGGAACCCCCCUGCUCACAGCAGCUUGAGUCACUCCAAGUUUUGCAAUAAGAAGGUUACAUUAGUUUGCGCAGACCACAGUGUUUCCUGCUAAGCACUGUGGGAGUCCCAUCUCUCUGGCGCAUCCACUACAGUCUCCCGCCAGUGAGGAGGGAGGUAAGGAGGUGACAGGCAGCAGAUCGGAAGAUUACAGCGUGUGUCGACACCGAAUGCCACAGCUGACCCAACUGGAUUCUCCUGCCGCGACGCAAUUCGCUCCUCUUCCUUUUUUUCUGGUUCCAGGUGAAAAACAACAAAAAAAGAAACGCCCAUCUCCGUUCUCUCAGGUCCUGACAAGUCACAUACUCCAGACCCAGAACCAUCCCAUGGCCUGCUCCUGCGCGUGGCCCAAACCAGAAACCCGACCCCUAGCACCACACCCGUACCGUCGUAUGUGAAUUAAGUUAUUACCAUGUAUAGUGCUUUUUCAGCAGGCGUUUGAAGUCUGAGCAUUUGAAUGUUAAGAACCAUGUCAUAAAUGAACACCUAAUACAGUAUGUACAGUAUCACAGUAUCUUUUAAAAUUGUACAACAAUAGUACACAGGCAGCAACAAAAAAAAAAAAAAAGUUUGGUUUCUAUACUGUACCAUUUCAUAAUAUCUGUAUCAUCAUAUCUAUAUCUAUAUCAGGAGCUGAAUGAAAUGUGGUCAGCCACAGCAAGGUUAACUUUUAAUUUGCCGUUGCUUUUAAUUACUUCUGAAGUGUGCGAAGUAAUUUCACAGUUGAUCUCGCAGCAGAUGACCCCGUGGCCGUCCACUUCCUUGGAAACCACAUUGCUUUGAGCUGUAACUGCAUGCCAUUUAAAAUGGUCUGACAGACAGAGCAUACAUCUUGUUUUCUGUCAGUUUUUACAUCGCAGUAAUACCUAGCGAUCCAACUGCUUUAGCACGACUUAGCACGUCAUAUUUUCACGCAUUCAUAAUCAAAAUCCAAUCGCAGUGGAAUUUCUGACCCCAGAGGCCAUGCAGAUGAAUGUUUCCAUAUGUGAGGCAUUUUUUUAUUUUAAUAUCUGGGUCUGAAUGAUACAGGAGAUGUCAGUGAGGGACAUGAAGAAGAAGUAUGAGCGAAGCAUGUGACCUCUGAACUGGAUUCUGAUCUUUGAGUGCAUCAGCCACCAACCGAAUGUACCCAUAACCACUGAUCCCAAAUGCAAUUUUACCAUGUUGAACUUGGGGGGGGGGGGGGGAACUAUUAAAUAAAAGAGAGAUUAUUUUCUAUUUCUGUGAAAUAUUCACAUAUUAGUUAUUUCCUGAAUGGUUAAGUAAAAGGUAACCCUUAGACAUUCCCUGUUGCUUUGUGGUCCUCUGACCUUUUAAACUAUCCGGACGGGCUGAUCUCUUGUGCUGUGCUUGUCCCCAACCUAUCCUAGUGAGAUAAGGAUUCAUGCGCAAAGUAAAUAACUCGUUGAGUAUGUGUUCUGCUCCCCAAAAAACAAGGUCAAAUCUCACCUUUCAAGGUGAAAAUAUAUAAUUAUGGUUCUUAUAUAUUAUAUAUCUUUGGACAUUUCAUUAAAAUUUUACAAGCCACUAAUGGAAUGAAUGCAACUGAAAGUGAAACUCCACAUUAAUGCUCCUUCAUGCCACUGGAAAGCACGCAAAGAAUCCCAUCCAGUGGUCGCGUCUCCCCCCAGUGUGAACUCUUACGGUCUCAGUUUAAAGGUCAGAGGGAUGUUUUAAUGCCACAGCAAUGUGUUAGUUUUUUUUCUGAAUGCAUACCAUGCAUCACAAACCCAGGUUUAAAAACAUGAGCCAACCGCAUGCAGACGAGCACGCGUGUGGGUGGCAGACAAGCAGAACCUCACACAGAAACACACAGACAGGCAGACGCUCGCCCACAAAUGUACACACACACACGCCCACAAAAGUACACACACUUACACGCCCACAAACGCACACACACUCACACGCCCAGAAACUUACACACGCUCACACGCCCACAAAUGUACACACACACACGCCCACAAAAGUACACACACUUACACGCCCACAAACGCACACACACUCACACGCCCAGAAAUGUACACACACUCACACGGCCACAAGCGUACACACACUAGCACAUGCGCAUCAUGCACCUAACACUGUCCGCACACAGGUUCACACAAAAUCACGGCAACACUGGAGAUAUUUAAACCCAGGAUGUUUGUUGUUUAAUCCUAAAAAAAAUAUAUAUUACAUGAUUGACAACAUAACCCGGUUCAGGAGAUUUCUGGAAAAAAAAAAAACAAGAAAAAACAAAUGUACAAAAAAAAAAAAAAAAAGAAAGAACACAAGAAAUA